AAUUCGUCCUAAUAGGUUGGUCCAUCAUGUAUUUUUAGUAUAGGGAAAGCAAUUGGAAUAAAAAAUAAAAGCAAUAUUGGAUUUAAUUUCUAAAAACUUUGUGUUUCAUCUAUAUAAAUACGUAGCCUCUGCAUGUAUGGAUCCACACCUGUGUUUCAUCUUGUUCCAAUCAUUUUCAUUUUACUCCUCUUGCAGUAAUCAAUCAUUUUUUGCCUUGAUUUCAGUUUGAACCAACAAUGGCCGAAUCAAUUGCUUUCGACCUCUCCGUAAAGCUUAUUACUACAUUGAGCUCCUUCGCUGUCUCUCAAAUUGGACUGUGGUGGAAUGUCAAAGAUGACCUCGAUGACCUCAAAACCAGUGUCUCCACCAUCAAAGCUCUGCUCGUUGAUGCAGAAGAGAAAUCGGUGACCGACUAUCGCGUCAAAGUUUGGCUUGAGGAGCUGAAAGAUGUACUUUAUGAUGCCGACGACUUGCUUGAUGAUUUCUCUACCGAAGCUUUGCGGAAAGAUCUAAUGCGUGGGAAACAGCUGAUGAAAGAGGUACGCCUUUUCUUCUCAAGCUCAAACCAGUUUGCUUACGGUCUCAAAAUAGGUCGGAAAAUUAAAGCCAUUAAGGCCAGAUUAGCUUCAAUUGAAAGUAAGGCCAACACUUUUGGCUUCAUGGUGCGUGACGGCCCCGUGGAAACCUCUUUCAUGACUAAAAAGAGGCAGCAAACGCACUCUUUUGUGCCUAAAGAUAAAAUAAUAGGGAGGGACGAUGAUACAGCAGCUCUUCUAAAACUCGUGCUAGAGUUUGAAAGUGAAGAGAAUGUUUAUAUCAUUCCAAUUGUGGGGUUUGGAGGGUUAGGGAAGACUGCGUUGGCGCAGUUUGUCUAUAGUAAUGAAACGGUCAAAAAUCAUUUUGAGUUGAUGAUGUGGGUGUGUGUUUCAGAUGUUUUUGAUUUCAAGAUAAUUGUAGAAAACAUUAUCAAAUCUGCAACUAACCAAGCACCAAAUCAAAAUCUCGAAAUGGAUCAAUUGCAAAAACAACUUCGACAAAAAAUUGGUGGGAAAAAAUAUUUGCUUGUUUUGGAUGACAUUUGGAAUGAAGACCGGGAAGAAUGGGUUAAUUUAAAAGAGUUAUUAAUAGGUGGGGCUAAAGGAAGUAGGAUAAUAGUGACUACUCGCUCUUUUAAGGUAGCCAAAAUCACUAGUAAAUGUCAAUCUCAUGUUCUAAAAGGCUUGUCUAGUGAUGAUGCUUGGUCUUUGUUCAAAGAGAUAGCAUUUGAGCAAAGAUCUACAGACUUAACAGAUUCAGCCUUUGUGGAAAUAGGAAAACGGAUUUUGGAAAGGUGUGGUGGGAUUCCCUUAGUCAUAAGGACGAUAGCAAGUACGUUAUCUUACAAAGAAACUGAAAAGGAAUGGCGUUCUUUCAAAGAUAAUGAACUUGCUAGAAUAUCUCAAAACGAAGGUAAAAUUCUACCUACACUUAAGCUGAGCUACGAUCAUCUCCCAUCCCAUUUAAAGGAUUGCUUUGCUUAUUGCCGACUGUAUCGAAAAGAUCAUGAAAUUGAUGUACAAACUCUUGUUCAAUUUUGGAUUGCACAAGGUUUCAUAAAGCAAUUGAGUCCAAUUCAAUCUCUUGAUGAGAUCGGGUUUGAGUAUUUUAAAAUUUUAGUUGACAGAAGUUUCUUUCAAGAGGUAGGAGAAAGAUAUCUGGGGGCGGGGCUAACAUGUAAAAUGCAUGAUUUAAUGCAUGAUCUAGCUGUAUCAGUAGCAGGGACGGAGAGCAAUAUUGUAGAUUCAAAUAACAUUGCAAGUGAGAUUCUCCCAAAAAGUAUUUGCAAGAUACUAAAUUUGCAAGUGCUGAAACUUGACGUGUGUAGUGGGCUUGAAGAAUUACCCAAGAAGAUUGAAAAAUUGGUAAAUAUUACCCAUCUUGGGUGUAAAUAUUGUGGUCUUUUAACUCAUAUGCCACGUGGAAUAGGAAAGCUGAUUUCCCUUGAAACGUUAAGCAUGUUUGUAGUGGAUAAAAAUGGUUCGCAUGGCGGUGCAGAUCUAAGUGAAUUGAGAGGGCUUAACAACUUAAAGGGACAGCUAGAAAUAAGAAAUUUGGGAUUCGUAAAAAAUGCAAAAGAGAAGUUUAAGGCUGCUAAUUUGAAAGAGAAGCAACAUUUGAGAUCGUUGGAUUUAAUAUGGAACGGUGGUAAUGGUGAUGAUGAGAAGUCACUUGAAGACCUCCAGCCCCAUUCUAAUCUCAAGGAGCUCCGUAUUGUAGGAUGGAGGGGUGAUGCCAAGUUUCCAAGUUGGUUUUAUUUGCUCCCAAAUCUCGUCCGUAUUGAAAUAUUUGGGAGUAAUUUCAAACAUCUCCCGUCCUUUGCUCAAUUACCUCGUCUUCAACAGCUGGAGAUUGGGAAUUGUACUGAGCUGAAGUACAUGGAUGAUAAUAGCCCAAAAGGAAGUCAAGGAGAAGCAGAAUCAUUCUUCCCAUCGCUUAAGCAUCUUCACUUAAAGAAUUGCCGGAAUAUGAAGAGUUGGUGGAGGACCACAAAACCAAUCGAUGAUGAUUCCAACGAGGACGAUACAACAGUUAUGGGAACAUCAACCAUGGCAUUUCCUUGUCUUUCCUCUUUAGAAAUUAAAGAUUGCCCUUUGACUUCAAUGCCGUUGUAUCCAUCACUUCAGAAGCUAAAAUUGGUGAACACCAGUUCAAGGCCGUUUAAGCAGACCAUCAAGAUGAACAUCGAUGCUAAGAUCCCAUCAUGUUCAACCUCUUCUCUUCCACCCUCCAAAUUGAAAUCUUUCACCGACCUCAAAGAUUUAAGAAUAGAAGAUUGCAAGGUGGUUGAUUUAGAGGGUAUGAAAGGGGAAUCUCUAAUAAAUCUGCAAAGUCUUACUCUCGCUAAUUUUCCCAAUUUAACAUCGCUUCCGGAGUGGAUUCAAGAUCUAAUAAAUCUGCAAUGGCUUUCGCUCAUUGAUUUUCCCAAAUUAACAUCGCUUCCGGAUGAGAUGCGUUGCCUAACCAAUUUGCAACAGUUAAAUAUAUAUGCUCCUCAGUUGGAGGAAAGGUAUGAGAAGGACAUUGGUGCGGAUUGGUACAAGAUUGCUCACAUCCCUUCAGGCUCCUGGAGGCGUUCAAAUUCACAAUAUUCAUUGAUGCAGGGCAGCCUUUUGGCUAUUGGAGGCGUUCAAAUUACAAUAUUCAUUGAUGCAGGGCACCCUUUUAGCUGUUUGGAAUUCCAGCCAAAUUUGUUAUUGAAGUUCCAAACAGGAAAAAAGGAAGAUGCUUCAGAAUAUUUGGUGGUGAGGUUCAUUGUUGCUUUUAAAAGAGUCCUUCAAGCAUGA